AUGAGUCAUUCUUGAAGUUAAAGAAAAUAUCCAAGAGUUGGGGGAUCGUUUGGAUCUCUUGAAGAGUGUAAGAACCCCACAACUGACAUUGAUGUAAUUAGUCCACGCAUGUGGAUUUAUUAGCUCAUUCUUCACGUGCCCUGUAAGGUUUUUACCUCUCCCGCUUUGCUAGCUUGCAAUUUGCAUGCUCCUUUCUUUUUAUAAGAACCCAUUUGGAUCGAAUAUCUCUUCUUCCUGUAUCGGAUCAUCUUCUGAGUGCUUAACACAGCUCUUUUUGAAUUUGUAACGUAUCAAGCAACCUUAACUUCUUUGUCUUGAUUUCAUAUAUAUUAUCUUCUUGCAAUGAGGAGGGAUAGCAACUUGGAUCUUUGCCUUUCUCCAAUGGCGCCUUCUUCAUCUUCGCCAUCGACUACUUGCCAUCAAAACUUAAUGGAUAUUGAGCCGGCAAUGCGCCAACAACAUCUCACAAUCUUCUACAAUGGAAGGAUUAGUGUUUGUGAUGUGACUGAAUUUCAGGUUUGCCCCAGAUUGGAGACAGAGGAACAGAGCACAAUAAGCCAUGUGAGCUUUCUCUAUCUGCCUCGAGGCCAGAAUACAAGGAUCAAUCGCAAUCCUCCUCCUCGAAAAUAAAUUAACAUUACAAGAACAAGAUCAUGGAUGGUUCAAAGAGUUUAACAUCUACUAGCUAACCCGUGAUUUCCACCGUAUGUAGGCUAGAGCAAUAAUAUGGCUAGCAAGUCGGGAAGAGGAAGAGAGAAGUAACACUGCAAGAUCCAACCAAGCACCGAAACCUCUGCAUUCUCAGCUCUAUAGCCCUCCUGGUCUUUCAUUGAAAAGAUCUCUCCAAAGGUUCUUGCAAAAGAGAAAGAAGAGGGCUGAAGCGAUCUCCCCAUAUAGACAAUGAUAAUGGCUGAGAUAAUUGUAGGGGAAAACAACCUCAAUUCACAAUUCGAUGAUUACCAUGUUGUUGAAUAAGAGAAAUCUCAGUGGAUUUGCAAGUGUAUAAAAGUACUCUAGUGUAGCUUUGAUUCUUGAGAGGAGGAGCCAUUUGUAAUGUUUCCAAAUCCUUUCCCUUCUCUGAUUCCUGUUUUGAUAUGGUUAUAAUUUAAAAAUUAUGACUCUUUUUUAAA